ACGACUUACACAGACAAGGGAGAAAAGCCCCUGCGAGGCCGCUUCAUCCACUUCCACUCCAUCACCUUCUGGGUGGGCAAUGCCAAGCAGGCUGCGUCCUACUACUGCAACAAGCUGGGGUUCGAGGAGCUGGCGUAUCGGGGGCUGGAGACCGGCAGCAGGGAGGUGGUGUCCCAUGUCAUCAAGCAGGACAAGAUCGUGUUUGUCCUCUCAUCCGCUCUCAACCCAGGCAAUGAGGAGAUGGGAGAGCACCUGGUGAAGCACGGCGAUGGGGUGAAGGACAUCGCCUUCGAGGUGGAGGACUGCGACUUCAUCGUGCAGAAAGCCAGGGAGCGCGGGGCCGUGGUGGUGAAGGAGCCCUGGGUGGAGGAGGACAAAUUCGGGAAGGUGAAGUUUGCGGUGAUCCAGACGUACGGCGACACCACCCACACCUUGGUGGAAAAGCUCAACUACAAGGGCCUGUUCCUGCCCGGGUACCACCAGCCCCUCUUCAAGGACCCUCUGCUGCCCAAGCUACCGAGCGCCAAACUCAGCUUUGUUGACCACGUGGUGGGGAACCAGCCCGACCUCCAGAUGGUCCCAGUGGCGGACUGGUACCAGAAGAACCUGCUCUUCCACCGCUUCUGGUCGGUGGACGACAAGCAGCUGCACACCGAGUUCAGCGCCCUGCGCUCCAUCGUGGUCACCAACUACGAGGAGACCAUCAAGAUGCCCAUCAACGAGCCCGCGUUCGGCAAGAAGAAAUCCCAGAUUCAGGAAUAUAUCGAUUACUAUGGCGGGGCCGGAGUCCAGCACAUCGCCCUGAACACCUCUGACAUCAUCUCAGCAAUCACCAACCUGAAGCAACGGGGCAUGCAGUUCAUGGACGUGCCGUCCAGCUACUACCAGGUGCUGCGGGAGAGGCUGAAAACUGCCAAGAUCAAAGUGAAGGAGAACAUCGACAAGCUGGCGGAACUGAAAAUCCUGGUGGAUUUUGAUGAGAAAGGCUACUUGCUGCAGAUCUUCACCAAACCAGUUCAGGACAGACCCACGGUCUUUCUGGAGGUCAUCCAGCGGCACAACCACCAGGGCUUCGGCGCCGGGAACUUCAAGUCUCUGUUUGAAGCGAUCGAAAUGGACCAAGACGCGAGAGGAAACCUGACCAUCCUGGAGCCCAACGGGGAGACCAAGCGCAUCUAA